AAAACGUCUGCCUUGAGAUAAAAAGUGUCUAAGCGAGAGAGCGCGAGCAAUCGAAUGCAAACAGGUCGUUCUCUCUCUCACUCCCCUGCUGGUGCGGUGCGUGACCGCGCGCGCCGGCUUUGCCUGGUGUGGGAAAGCCAUGGUCUGUGGUCGUGUGCAUGUCUGUGCGUGCGCGCUGCCUCCUGGUCUGCCGUCCGAGGGGAACGGCGCGGAUCAGACCGGAAUCUACUACACACAACAGCACCGCUCACCUCCCGCCACCACUGCGGCCACUACUCCACAAUCACGUGUGUCCUUCUCGUCCUUGGUCGUCUCCUGGCGGCGGCCCCGCCUGCGGUCGCUCUCCGUUUGGUGGUUGGUGGUGACGCGGUGUUUGCUGGCCUGGGCUGGGCCGGAGAGGCUCGGAGAACGCCGCGACACUCAUCCGGGGGUGUUCUGGAUGGUUCGGACGUUUCUGCUUUUCCGGCUUCACCAUGCGGCGAUGGCGAAGACGGUGGUGGUGGUGGCGGCGGAAAUGCCGUCGAUCCCCGUGUCCGAUGGCCGCGGUGACCAUUUGACACGUACUCACACACCCACCUGACCCACCUCCUCCUGCGUGGAUCUGCGUGCCUCGCUGGGCUCUGGGCUUCCCGGCGUUCAGGUAUAGGCCGCGGGGACUCCAAACCACACUCCAACAGGAUAAGCAAAAAACAAAAAAGUGUUGAAUUUAUAUUCCAAAAUGCAAUUUCUUGCAAAACCUGAUAAAGGAAAUAAAAAGACUUGAAAACCCCCCGAUAUUAACCUUUUACCUCUCCUCCGUGGUUCUUCCGAUUUCCCCCCUAAUUCCAGACGUGGACGACGUGAAGUUUGUCAUCAACU